AUGGAUGAAGAACAAAGAGAAAAGUUUAUUGAAAACGGGAGGUGUCAUCAUGACAUAAGAAACAUAAACCUGUAUUUGAUGAACAUCGAAGAACAUAUAAUAAAAAUAAAAAAUGAAGGAGGAAGCAUCAUUGAUGAUAUUUUUCUAGCGUUUAAUGGGUCCAUUAGUCACAUUUCUCUUUACGCAUAUUUAUACGAUCAUAAAAUAAACGUAGAUUUAGAAUGCUUACAUUUUAUAUAUGAACAUAGUUACAUAGAAGAAGAAAAAGUAAUAAAAGAUGGAAAUAAGGAACAAGAAAAUGUGGUAGAUAUCACUAAAUUUGACUCGGAUAUGAUUUACUACAUCGUAAGUGAAUGUAGAAGCAAUUACUUCGAAUCUGAUAAUUUAACAACGAAGGAUAUAGAAAAAAUAAUACUUGAUUAUAAGAAUAAAAUUUUUGAGGAAUCGAUAAAAGUGUAUAAGGAAAAGUAUAAUGAUGGAGUAAAGGUUUUGAACACUUUUUUAGAUUUGACUCAUUUUUAUUAUGAUGAAAAGAAAAUGAAAUUUUUUAAGAAAAAAAAAAGAGAUUCAAUUGAAAAUUAUAAUAAUUAUAUAGAUGCAAAUACAGAUGUAGAGUUUUAUGAAUUGAAAUAUCAUUUGUUGAUUAAAAAGGCUAAAGGGCAUGCAUCUGUUUUGUUCUGGUCUGAUGCAUUAAAUGAAAUUCAUAUUAAAAACAAAACCAUUAUCACUUCAGUAGAUGCAAUCAAAUUAACCAAUACAGGUCAUCAACACAUUAUUGGAAUACUCGGACUCGACAGAGAUGGAGAUAUAGUAAUACAAGGAAUAAGAAACCAGAUCAAGUUGUUCCUUAACAAAGAUUGUCAGAUCAACCAUGGUCUCUACUGCAUAGGGCAUAUUAUACUAGUGCAAGGUCGCAUGAAGCUUCUCAACAAGACAUUUUAUGUUGCUGAAAUUAUGCACCCACCCAGGAAUUACGAAGACGAGCGGAACGAAGAAGACCUUUUCUAUGAUUUUGAAAAUGAAAAGGAAAAGAAAGAAGUAGAAGAGUAUGAAAUUAUAGUAAAACAAAAUGAGAAAAAUCAGAACUGGAUAAUUAUGCAUGAUGUGUAUUUAGACAGCCCAUACACUUUUGAAAUUCUGGAAAAAAUGUUUUCUCUUUAUGUGAAUACAUACCCAGAGAAUGCAUUACCAAUUGGAUUCAUAUUUAUGGGUGAUUUUUCGAGCUUGAAAUUUGAUUAUAAUAAAAAUUUUCACAAUGUGUAUAUAAAAGGAUUUGAGAAAUUAUCAGUUCUGUUAAUAUCUAAAUUUAAGUUGAUUUUGGAACAUUGUUAUUUGAUAUUUAUUCCAGGAAUGAAUGAUCCUUGUGCAUGCAAAAAUAGUAUUCCUAAAUUACCCAUUUUACCCUACUUUGUAAAAAAAUUUAAGCAAAAUAUAGAAUCUUAUUUUUCUUCAGAAAAAAAAAUAAUUUUUGCUACAAACCCAUGUAGAAUUCGUCACUUUAAUAAAAAAAUGAUUUUUUUUAGACAUGAUAUUUUAAAUGAUUUAAUUUGGAGUUCAACUAUUAAUGCAACAAAUCAUGAUAAAACGAAUUUACAAAAUAUUUUUAUAUCAACCAUUGUUGGACAGAGCCAUAUCUAUCCAAUUCCACAUGAUAAUAGAAUUCUGAAAAGAUAUUCUUCUUUUCUUUUUUUGUAUCCACUUCCAAAUUUUAUUUGUAUAUCUGACAAUACUUGCAACAGCUUCAUUUCAUGUGCUUCUGAAAACACAAACGACUCUAUUAUAUCCAAUUCUGACAUGUCUUUUACGAAGAAAAAAACAUUCACAGUUUACAAUGUCUUGCAGCAUGAGGCUAAACGAUACAUCGUUUCGGUUUGA